GUAGACAGGUAUUCCUCCGCCGUCUAUUGACAUACACAAAUAACAUGGCGACUAUGAAAGUACCGCUAAGUUUUGUCCUCGUGGAAUAUUACCUGGAUUAAUUCGUAAAAUAUUAAGAAACUGGACUAGAAAAAUAUAAAUUAUAUUCUGUGAACGAAGAUCAAGGAUUUUACGGAUUUUUAAAGACUUCAUGCAUCAUAAAAAAACUUGGACAUUUUGUAUAAAGUUUAUAAUAAACCAAUAUGGAUAAUAUGGAAGGCCCCCUUCCUCCUGGAAAGCAGGGCGGUCCUAAUUGGUAUGACACCCUAGACCGUCACCAAAGUGUACAGUUUUCAGCAAAAGGUUUAAGAAAUGCACCAGGAGAAAAUAACUGCUUCUUGAAUAGCGCUGUGCAGGUUUUCUGGCAUUUGGAUGUAUUCCGUCGCAGCUAUCGUCGUCUAACAGGGCAUUUAUGCAUGGGGAACUCUUGUAUAUUCUGUGCUUUAAAGGUAAUUUUUACCCAGUACCAGUAUAGUGACCAGUCAUCACUACCGCCAGAUGCUCUACGUAAAGCGCUGGCUGAAACAUUCAUGAACAAACAACGAUUUCAGCUUGGUCAUAUGGAUGAUGCAGCCGAAUGCUUUGAGAACAUUUUACGAAGAAUCCAUUUCCAUGUUGCUAAUGCGUAUCAUGAAGAUUCAUGUUCAGCCCCUCAUUGUUUACCACACCAGAAGUUUGCCAUGACUGUAUUUGAUCAGCUUGUUUGUAUCUGCGGAGCCAGUUCUGAUCCUUUGACCUUCCAUGAACUUGUACAUUACAUCUCAACGACUUCACUUUUAACCCAUUGUCGUUCAAUGCAAGAGACAGGAGAUGUACUUCAUCCAGAUCGGUUUGGAUUAUUAUUACGCAAUGCUGGGACAGCGGGAGAUAUCAGAGAUUGCCCUGGGAACUGUGGCAAAAGAGUACAAAUAAGAAGAACUUUACUGAAUACACCAGAUGUUGUCAGUAUUGGUCUUGUUUGGGAUUCAGACAGACCUGAUGAGAAACUCAUCCGUGAAGUAGCUAAAAGCAUUGGUACAACUAUUUUGCUUCAAGAUAUGUUCCAUUCUGUUGUAUGUAAAGAUGCUACCAAACUCCCUAAACUACAGUUGUCUGCCUUAGUUUGUUACUAUGGAAAACAUUACUCCACAAUUGUAUACCAUACCAAGUUAAAUGUGUGGAUUUAUUUUGAUGAUGCCACUGUAACAGAGAUUGGACCAAGAUGGGAAAAUGUGGUUGACAAAUGUUCUAAAGGAAGAUUCCAACCCUUAUUGUUACUCUAUUCCAAUCACAACGCUAGUCCAAUUGCUACUGAAACAGCUCCAAAGAAAAGAGUUAUGGCCCCUGGUUAUGCUACAACGCCUUCAAAAGGUGUCCAAGAAAAGAAAAGACAAGAAAAUGAUGGACAUAAAGCAUCCAGAAGAUCUUUAACUCCUAAUCCUGAUAAAAUUGAAAUCAGCCAAUCAAAUGGAAGGAGAGCAAUAACCCCAGGUCCAGAUGAAUUAUCACCUGGUCUGAAUGGACCCCAAAAAAUGAACAUUGAUCACCAUCGUCAGUCAAGCUUUUUAAUAGCUGUCACUGGAAAGACAGAUAAAAACAGGCAGUACUCUUCAGAGUAUGCUGUACCUAAAGGAAUCAAUCCAAUCAAACCAUCUGUUCCAGGAGGAGGACAAAGUGAUAUGUCACAAAGACAGGGGAUGCUUAAACAUUGUUUUUAUGAACCUUCCAACGCUGAAAAACAGCAAUUCCAACAGAAAUCUAAUCAAGAUGCCGUAGAUGGUUACGAUUACACCUUAUCAUCCGGUGAUCAGUACAGACGGCCAGCAAUCACAGCACCCAAACCUAACAAUCUUCCAAUACAAGUUAACUUUGCUCGAGUAAAUGACUGUCAGAGAAAAGAAAGCUUCAAGAAAGGAAAAGAUAAAGUGAGAGCUGACGUCAUUAGAAGUUUGGAUCCUUCACGGAGGGAAUCUCAGUCUUCCGAUUCUGAUUCACCACAAACUCCACCACUUCUUCCACCCCAGCUUCCUCCUAAAAUCAGUAGAAGUCAGUCUUGUCACAACUAUGAUCUUGAAUCAAGUCCAGCUAAUGUAUCUGCAGAUAAUAUUGACAUUCGACAGCAUGUGGUCAUGAAACCUAGACCAAGCAAUUCACAUGCGUAUGAAAAUUUAGAAAAUUCUUCACAUACACCUGUGCAAUCAGGACUUGCUACACUUCCACGAAACAAAAAAUCUAAUUCUUCUGUGCAAUCUCAAAAUCAGCAUUCUCGUCAAAAUUCAUUGAAGAGCAAUGAUGGUUAUCCGCCACACAAUCGUCCAACAUCAGGACAAGACAUGAACAAUAUGUAUCAUACUGUUGGGUAUUCUCAGCAGGUAUCACAUAGUAGGGAAAGUUCUAGUAAUACUAUUGUGCCUGAUGAUGUACAUUCCAGACAAAAUUCAUUAGCCAGUCAAAUUUCAGAUAAUUCACAACAUUCAUUGUCAUCAUGGCAACAGGGCAGCAAUAACCAAUCAGUGUCUCAAUAUAGAAAUCAACCAUCUGUUUCAUCCAAUCAGAGGCUUCCAGAGGAUAAACCCCCUAAACCUGCAAAACCAGAGAAGAAAAUAAAUACUGUUGCAGCACAGAAAAAGAAGAGUAUGAAUAGUAAAGGACAACAGCCUCCCCCAUUACCUGAGAAAAAGGGUAGUCAAUUGUCCCCAAAUCAUGAUCAGGGUUAUAUUAAUAGAAAAACUGUUGAGAAUAUUUUAUCUUAUCAAAAAUUAUCAAGUUUAUCACGACAAGGAUCAACCAAUAGUAAUAUGAGCUGUGCAAGCAUAUCAAGUAAUGCAAGUACAGCUAGCAAUACUAGUUUUGAAUCAGAUAAUUGUAGCUUAAGUUCAAAAGAAGGAAACAUUCCUUUUGACAGAUUGUCUUUGGAAUCACGACAAGAUUCAGGGUAUAGUGGCAGUGACAGAAAUAGUUCCAGUUCAACAGGCAGCACUACCUUAGAUCCUUACACGCAAUACUUUCUCAGUAAGAGUAUGAUUCCUCCAAAAACAUUCAAUCAGCAAGCUGUGGCGGAAAACAUAAAGAAAUUUAUCGAUCCUGGCUUUUGUGAGAACCAACGCUUUGAUCAGAAGUACACUGUUGGGUACCAAACAAACAAUUUCCAUGGAAACCAGCAACAGCAGAAUCAGCAUUAUCAGAGAGGAUAUGAACAAUCUGGUGACAGAAAACAGUUGUAUGAUCCUGCCAUUGUCAAGUCACACCAGUCUAAAGACACCAUGGGAUAUCCUGUGCACCAAAAUUUGGAUCCAAAUAACCAAGAACGUAAUCCAAAAAACUGUGAUAACCAGAUGUUCAUACAGAGCGGACCACCUGGUUAUGAUGAAGUGGUUUCUUUUAACAUGGAAGAAUUUGCAUCUCUGUGCCACAAGUCUGAGGACCUUAUGGAUCAAUGUAUGUUGUACGAGACUGAUAGCAACUGCCACCAGGCCAUACAAUUAUGUAACUCGGCCAUUGAUAGUCUGAAACAAGCCAUGAAGAUGACCAACAUUACCCAUCAGUCCUUUCAAUUUGCACAAAUGAAACACAAUUCUUGUAUUCUGAAGCUACGCAGCUUGCAGAAGAAAAAUAUGUUUCGACAAGAAUCCAAUUCAUCGACGAACAGCUCUGACAGCGCUAGAUCUUCUCCAUGUGGUUUACCAAAUAGUUCAUCAAACAUUCAACAUCCACCACAACAAAAUGUUGUUCACUCAAGAUCAAGUUCUAGAGAUUCAAUUGACAGUGUGAUUGAAAAUAAAAACUAUAGAAAAGACAAAGUUAUUAAUGAAAUUGAUGGUCAAAAGAUGAUGCAUUCUAAUUCUAGUCAUAGUUUGAAUGAAAGGACUUGUAGUAGUAAUGUGGAUACUAGCAAUGUUGAUAUGUAUGCUACAUUACCCAGAAAGGGUAGACAACUGGCCAUGAAAAAUCAAAACAAUCAGAACUCUGAACUGUUUAAAAACUGUUUAAAUCGACAACAAAGAACUAAUUCUCCAAGUCUUCAUCAACCUUCAUCAAGAUCAAGUACGCCGUCAUCAGAAUGUCGUGACUCCGACUCCAGUAGUCAAGCAUCAGAUCAGUAUCGUAUGCAGAUUCCAUCUCAUCAACAAGUUAAAAUGAACAAAGCGGAAAUCAGACAAUUACCACAUAACAGUAUGGUUCAGCGCCAAGGACCCCAGCAGUCUAACGGAGGAAUGGUAUCCCAGAAUCAACAAGUUCACGGGAAACCUGAGAAAUCGACGGAAUUACCAUUACAGCAGUUUAACCAACGUGUUCAAAACUUGCCAGAACAAAAGUCAGACAAUGAGGAUGUCCGUCCAAGUGUAAAGGCACUGGCAUCACGCUUUGAUAGAUCUGGUCGGGGAAAGGUAAAAACCUCUAAACAACUACCACCGAUGAACUCAAAUCUGGACAAUAGACAUAGAAGUAAAUCAGAAUCAGACUUUCUAAGAAUGGAUUCAAAACCAAAAUCGGUUUUAUCGAAAAGAAAGAAAUGUAAAGCAAGUCGGCCAAGAAAAUCUGUGACAUUUUCAGAAAAUAUUGCCAUGGUUUCUGCCGCAGAUUUAUAUGCAACAGACACUGAUAUGUGUUCAGGGUAUGUGAGUGAUUCGGAUGAAAAAUAUAAAUAUCAGCGUGGUGCUUAUUCAGACAAUGAAUUGGAGGAUGAUGACUCGAACUCAACCGAGUCUCCGGCAGACAUACAUCCCGGUCAGAGCUGUUGUUGUCUCUGUAAUAAACAUGGUUGUGGAGAAGGAUCUCAAUUUUGUGCAAAAUGUCAGUUAUAUAUGAGUCGGUUUCAACCAAGUGAAUGCUGACAGGACGAUGUUAUUGUCAUCAAAUCAGCAUUCUUUUAAUUAUGAAAUAUUUAAUGAGUGACUAGAAAUACAAUAGACAUUUAUUUUUGUUAUUGCAUAUUGUAAAUAAAAGUAAUUUUAUUUAUUAAUUCUACAAAUGUGAAAUGUAGAAUUUUCAAGUAAUAUUUUUUUCUUGAAGGCAGCUUUGCUCAUAGUGCUAAUUUCACCUUCUAUGUACAUUGAAUUCAAGCAAUAGAUGUUUUAUCUACUGUUUUUAGUAGAUUUUUUUCCCUUUUUUUACUGCUGAUAAAUGUUUUCCUCUUCUUUUUUUUUAGAUAUAUUAUUUUAGAGAGAUUUUAAACAAAAUUAUUUUAUUUUAGUUUUAUAUAUUUUAUCCAUAAAAAAAUAAAAAACACAGUUCAGCAUGUAAUGUGAACAUGUUUCUUAUUUAUUUAUGUUUCUGUGAUAAAUCAAGUUUUUUUUGGCAUUGGAAGUUAGAAACAAAUUAUUUUUUAAAUAAAUUAUAAAUUUUUAUAUAAAACUAUUAUUGUAGAUUAGAAUAUUUUUUGUAACAGUUCUUUUCAUUCAAAAAUUAAAUAAUUUCAUUCGAUUAUCAUUAUCCGAGCUAAACACUGCCAGACAAGUACCAUUUUUGUUGUUGUUUAUUGUUAUGGAUAAUGUCAAAAUAAUUCUGAGAUGAAAAUAUUUUCAUAGAUUUUUAUUGGCUGUCUCAAUUUGUGUUGAAUAUUAAAGGGAGAUAAUCCCCAUAAACUUACAUAACAUUUAGAUCUAGUCAAACAUUUCCUUAUUUUGUAUGUUAGUUAUAUUGCUGUAAAAAGGUAAAUUUGAUAUAGAUUAUGGGAUAUAGAUUCCCAUCCAAACAAUGUUGUCUUUUUCACUUUCGUUUCGAAACUUUCCUCUUUAGUAUUUCGGUUUCUUGGAAAGACAACUUAUGAAUUUAAAAAAAAAGAAUUUGCAAAUUAACUCUAGAAAUAUUUUCUUAACACUUAUUUUGUAGUUUUAGGAUGGAUUCCGUCCAUUUUGGAAAAAGUUAGUGGGAUAGAAAAUAUACAAAGCUUUUUCAAGUGAAAAAUAAAACUUUGGAUUAUCUGAAUAAAAUUAAAGGUAAUUUUCAUGGAAACAUUCCAAGAAUUAUUUUGGACACAACUUUGAAAAAAAUGUACGUUUUAUAUGUGCAAAACUACUUUUAGGAAUUUUUUAAUAAGAUGUUGAUAGAAUUUUUAUUUUUUCAUGCAUUUAAUGUUGUUAAAAAUCAUGCAUUUUUUUAUAAAUUGUUUUAAAUUGUUAAGGUUGUGAAUUUGUUAACAUGUUUUAUGAAACUGCCAGUUUUUCAUUUGUUACCCAAUUGUGAUCUCAUUUUAAAAGAAAUUUAAAACAAGAAAUGUAUAUGUUAAUGAUUUGUACAUUUUUUGUAUAUAUAGUUAGUAGACCUAGAUAAUCAUGUUUAUAAAAAACAUAUUCUAUGUUAACAUUGUUCCAUUGAAUACAGAGUUAAACUCUUUAUCAUCAAUAGAAUACAUAUCAUUUGUAUCAAAAAUAAACAAAUAAUGAAAUUUA